AUGCCAUUUCACUUUUUCAAAUCCUGGUGUAUGAUAUUUUUAUACCUUUAUUUUAAAAUACAAAUUGAGUGUCAUGUGGAUGAUCCGAAAUUUCCAGAAUGUGAUGUGUCCAUCGACACGGCUAUUUGUAUUAACAAUGGGCAAAAGAUCCUGUUGCCUGAGGCAAAGCCAUAUGGCAUCUCCGCGCACAUAAACUUCGACAGCAUAUCUGCAGUAGACGCAAGUGGCAACAGAAACCAUGGCGUCGGAAAUUUUUUCGCGUCCACUGGAUUUGGCGGUAUCGGGAACUCGUCCCUGUUCAGAAAAAAUUACAUUUACAUUCCCCAUUCGGACGAAUAUUUCAAAACGGUCGAUUUUUCCUACACCUUUUUUAUCUACCUAAUGGAGGAUGAACUGUCGAUAAAAAACAACGUAGAAGAAAUGUUUUGCCCGGUAAUCCACAAGGGAAUCAUAAAAGACAAGAUCCAGGAAUCCUCCCCAGCUAUAUUAAUAAAUGCAAAGAAUGGACGAAUUAAAAUCGUUUUGAGCACCUCUUCUAGCACGAACUCGGUUGUCAGACACAUAAACCACGUAAGACUCUUCGUGAACGGAAUCCUGGACUCAAGUUUUCUAACUGAAGGAAUAACAAAAACGAACGACUUUCCGAUAUACAUAGGAGGGGCUCCAUAUUCAGUAGAGUCUUGUGACUUUCCAUUUUUACUCGACGAAUUGAAAAUUUAUAAUUUGAGUAUCGGAGUGGACCACAUUCAGAGUGAAGCGGCAUCAACCCUAAACGGAAUAGAACCAUCCUUCAUCUACUUUGGUUGUUUUCAUUGCGAUAUUAACAAUGCUAUUUUGUCUUGUCCGAAUAAUUAUCAUUUAUGCAAUAAGGUGGAACUAUACAUCGGGGUUUACAAUGUGAUGAGGAAAUUCUCCCUAAAUAUAAAUAACCUCAUAUUGCCCUUUUCCCCUGAGAAUCAAACGGGCAUAGGUGUGUGUUGUGCCGAUAUAUGA